CGCUUGAGAGAGAGAGAGAGAGAGAGAGAGAGAGAGAGAGAGAGAGAGAGAGAGAGAGAGAGAGAGAGAGAGAGAGAGAGAGAGAGAGAGAGGGAGAGAGGGAGAGAGAGAGAGAGAGAGAGAGAGAGAGAGAGAGAGAGAGAGAGAGAGAGAGAGAGAGAGAGAGAGAGAGACGGAGCAGAGGGAGGAAAGACGAAGGGAGGGAGAAGGAGGGUGAAAGACAACGGGAGGAAGAACGGAGGGGAAAGGACUAAGGGAGGAAAAACAGAAGGGGAAAGACAAAGGAGAGAGAGAGAGAGAGAGAAAGAGAGAGAGAGAGAGAGAGAGAGAGAGAGAGAGAGAGAGAGAGAGAGAGAGAGAGAGGGGGGGGAGAAGAGAGAGAGAGAGAGAGAGAGAGAGAGAGAGAGAGAGAGAGAGAGAGAGAGAGAGAGAGAGAGAGAAGGAGAGAGAGCGUUGAAGCAAAAUGAACAGAAGCAACAAAAGAGAAGCCAGACAAAUGAGCAAAGAAACGAUUGAGAGCAAAACCGAGGACAGUAAAAGCUAAAGAGCAGG